UGUGCUUGGCAUCUUUUGCAGAAAAUUGUGAGAAUUUUCCAAUCACUGUCCGUUUAAACGAUACGCACUUAUAUUCACCAACUGGUAAAGCACGCUUCGUGAUACAAAUCGAGUUCGCUUUGGGCUGUUUGUGACAACAACCAACCACGCCUCCCUGAAGAUUGGAUGAGCAGCAAUUUGCAAGGAACUAUGGGUGUGACGAUAUAGCACAAUGGCGGAAGGGGGCAGCAUCUUCUCCAAAAUAAUUCGGAGAGAGAUUCCGUCCGAAUUUCUCCACGAAGAUGAUCAGUGUGUUGCUAUUAAGGACAUCAAUCCUCAGGCACCUGUGCACUUCCUUGUAAUUCCAAAGAAGCCAAUACCUCAACUGUCUAAAGUAGAAGACUCUGAUGAACAGUUGCUUGGCCAUCUCCUGGUGGUUGCCAAAAAAGUUGCAGCUGAACAGAAUUUGGCCAAAGGCUUUCGUGUUGUAAUCAAUGAUGGGAAAGAUGGAGGUCAAGAGGUCUUUCACAUUCACAUCCAUGUUUUGGGUGGACGCCAGAUGAAAUGGCCCCCAGGCUAGUCCAGAUGAGGUUGCCUGCCCCAGACUAUGAGCCGAGGUCUUAGAUAGCACUAGCAACCAACGACUCCUGACGAAGUAGAACAUAGGCUGAGAGGGUUUUUGCAAGUUACAAGACUUUUGUGAGAGACUGGUUCAAAAUUUUUUCAUUUGUAUUGUCCCUCAAAUAAAAACGGCAAGAAAAUAAACUAAAAUUUUGCCAUAA